AGUCGUCGAUUCACAUGGGAGGCAUUGUUUGGAAUGCCGUGCAGAAUUGAACCCUUAAAAUUCAUGUAUAUCCUCUCACUGAUGUAUGCAACUGGCAACAAUCAUUACAAAUGACAUACUAUGGUCAUUGCGCUCUGUACAAACUAAAGUUGGAGAAAAGAGGUUGAACAAAGUUAGAUGGCAAUUCAAUUAUCAUAAAUGGUUUAAAAAAUUGAAUUGAAUCAACGAGAAGAUGGAAUCCUGGGAUUCCCCACUUUACACAACGGUAGCAAAGCCAGCUGCAAAGAUAAACAGAGCUUAUGGAUGCGUAUAUUUGUGUGCAGUUCUUGGGCUUAUAUAUUAUCGCAUCCAGUAUAUGCCUAGCGAAGGAUAUGUACAAUGGAUAUUGCUAUUUUGUGCAGAGAUAGGCUUGGCCAUCCAUUGGGUAUUACAGAUGAGCCUCAGGUGGUGGCCUGUAAAUCGAUUUACCUAUCCGCGGAGACUCUCUGAAAGGUUUGAGAGGGAACUACCUCCCAUUGAUGUAUUUGUAUGCACGGCUGACCCUGUUAAAGAACCUCCACUGGAUGUUUCAAACACUGUAUUGUCUACUCUGGCUUUUAAUUAUCCGGUAGAAAAAUUGACAUGCUAUGUAUCGGAUGAUGGAGGAUCCCCACUCAUCUUUUAUGCUCUGCUGGAAGCUUCGCGUUUUGCAAAGAUUUGGGUUCCUUUUUGCCACAAGUACUCCAUUCAGCAGAGAUGCCCGAAAGCAUAUUUUUCUGAAUAUUAUAACAAUGAAAGUGACAAUUCCUCCUUCACUACAGAAUGGGAAAAUGUCAAGAAAUUGUACGAGGAGAUGAAAUAUUGUAUAAACAGUAGUGUAGAGAGAGGCACUGUUCCAGAACACAAAUGCAAAGAACACAAUGGCUUCAAAGAGUGGAAACCGGAUAUGACUUCACGAGACCAUCCAACCUUCAUACAGGUUUUGCUAGAGAGGGGCAAAGACAUUAACGUUGAGGGCCAUGGUUUGCCCAGUCUUGUGUAUGUGUCCCGUGAAAAGCGACCUGGACAGCCCCAUAAUUUUAAGGCUGGUGCUCUUAAUGCUCUGAUUAGAGUCUCUGCUCUGAUGAGCAAUGCCCCCUUUAUUCUUACUCUGGACUGUGACAUGUAUGCCAACAACUGUGAAGCCCUUCGGGAAGCUAUGUGCUUUUUCAUGGAAUCUGGAACUGGGCACGAGUUUGCCUAUGUCCAGUUUCCCCAAAGGUUUCAUGGCAUUACAAAAAACGAUUUGUAUGCCAAUUAUCUCAGGAAUAUUUUUGAAAUAUUUAACAAAGGAAUGGAUGGAAUUGAGGGUACGUCAUACGUGGGUACUGGAUGUGUUCUCCGUAGGGAUGUCUUGUGUGGAAGUGAGCGACAACACAGCUCUUCUAAUUUAAUGAAAGAGCUUAUUAGUUCAUCAAUUUCAAGCAUGAAGAAAGCAUUUCCAUCCAUGAUUUUGGAAGAGGCAAAAGAGCUUGCCAAGUGCGGCUAUGAGGAAAACACCCAUUGGGGGAAAAAGGUCGGCAUGCUAUACGAUUGUGCAGUGGAAGAUGUUUUGACAGGGCUUUGUAUACAUUGCAGAGGAUGGAAAUCUGUUUACUGCUGUCCCAAAAGAGAUGCUUUUGUGGGGUGUGUACCUGUUAAUCUGAAUGAUACUCUGAUCCAGAAUAAAAGAUGGGCAACAGGUUUACUGGAGAUUUUUGCCAGCAAAUAUUGUCCACUCACUUAUGGUAUCCACCAUACAAAACUAGCACAGAACAUGUGUUACAGCUACUACUUUCUGUGGGCUCCAUCUUCCUUACCUUUAAUCUGCUACGGUUUAGUACCAGCCUUAUGCAUGGUCACCGGUCUAUCGGUAUUUCCCCAGAUUUCAGAUCCAUGGGUUCUCCUCUUUCUAUUUUUACCAGUAUGUGCAUAUGCACACAGUGCUCUAGAGUUUAUAUAUGUGGGAGGAGGCUCUUUAAAAUCUUGGUGGAAUGACCAGAGGAUGUGGAUGAUAAAAGGCGUCUCGUCCUAUCUGUUUGGGCUCAUUCAAGUCGUCUGGAAAUUACUUGGAAUAUCUAAAGUGGGAUUCGAGGUGACAAGCAAAGUAUUUGACAGUCAAGCAGCCAAACGAUACGAGGCAGAGAUUUUUGAGUUUGGGGUUUCCUCUGCGUUGUUUAUACCAUUUUCUAUCAUAGCACUGAUAAACCUCUUGUCGUUAAUGGGUGGAAUUGCAGGUGUGAUGAGAGAAGGUUAUUCAGCCAUUGCGAGUAUGUUUGUGCAGGUGAUGAUGUCGAGCUUCAUAGUAAUAAAUAGCUAUCCGAUAUACGAGGGUAUGUUUGUGAGGAAAGACAAGGGAAGAAUGCCCGCGUCUAUUACUGUAUUCUCUACACUGGCUGCGGCGCUUGCCUGUUCUACAGUUUUUGCCAUAUCCUGGACUUCUAAAACUUAAAUUUAAAAAGUAUGGCUUAUGUAGUUUAAGAUAAGAUUUUACCUGUGAUCAACAAUAGGAAAUCAUAAAUAAGAUGGUGAUAGAGAGAGGCAGGGGACAGAAAAACAAACAGAAAAACAGAGCAAUAACAGAGACAAAUUAACGAUGCAUUCACACUAUUAUGUAUUCACAUAUGUUUCAGCAAAAAUACAAUGUUUGAUUCCAUAAAAAGAGCUGCUCCUAUCUAAUUAUCCACAGAGAGAAAAUAUAAUCUUAAUCUCUGUUCUUAACUGAAACCUUAUUGCUAUCUUGCUGUUGUAACAGCAGCCCUUGUACUCUGCUCUGUUUUUCACAGAUAUCACAUGCAUAUUAAGAAC